ACGUAUCUGUAUUUCAGUCUCUUCCUUUUCAAAAACCGUCUCCUUUAACAGCUUCCAUUUUCAGAUCUCACAAAUCUUUUCAAUUUUCAACUCGCAUUCUCUCUGUUUUGUCAAAUGGCCACCGGCAAAUUCUUUAUCUUUACAUUCUUUCUCCUUUUCAUUUCUAUUCAACUCGCUUUCUCUGCAUCUCCACCGUCACCGCCGGACUCAUCUCCAUCUCCUUCACCAGAACAACCUCCCUCCGAUUCACCUUUAUCUCCUUCUCCAGCGCCAUCUCCAUCAUCAAACAUCAGCGAAUCUCCGCAUCUUCCACCUUCAGAUUCACCAAUCUCAUCACCGCCAGCACCUCCUCCGUCAGAUCUGACACCUGCUCCUACUCCUGCUUCUACUCCUUCUCCGGCGAACUCUCCCGAUAGUCCGGCACCAGCGCCAUCGACAGAAGUGAGCGACGUGAAUCACAGUAAUAAUGUGGAAUCAGACGGCGGAGAAGAGAAAUCAUCGGGAUUAAACAGUGGAAAGAAAGCAGGGAUUGCAGUAGGGGUGAUAGUAGCGGCUGGUGUUGUUGGAGUUGGUGCUUUGGUUUAUAAGAAACGUCAAGAUAAUAUUAGAAGGUCACAAUAUGGUUACGCUGCCAGAAGAGAGCUUCUUUGAAAUGGAAAAAAAAUUUUUUUUUUUUACCAUAAUUGAUUGCUAGAUUUUAUUAUUGUGAUUCAUUUUGUUCCUUAUUAUAUAUGGAUUUAGAUUAUAUGAGAGAUGAUUAUUAUUGCUUUCUUUUA